GCCUGGCAGAUGGGAGACAUUUACUGGCGGAAGGAGGAUUUAUGGAAAAGGAUUUAUGAUGAAAAGAUGAGAGUGUGCAGAGACAGCGUGCCUGAUUGAUGGGACAGACAACACUUACGGGUUUAAUAACAGUGUCGUCAUCGGUGCUGCUGCCGCAGAGAGCGGGGAACAAACCUGCAGAAGAUUUACUGAUCAGAGGAGCAAGCCGAGCCCCGCGGGUCGGAUGGAUCUGUCUAGAGUAGUAAAAACAUCAGCUGGUGUCACGGUGUUAACAGCGUUCUUAGUCAUAAUUCCUCUCCGUUAAUUGGCUGAUGAUUAGGUUAGUUAUGAUGUAAUCUUUCUCACUCCCUCUGACUCGCGCGCAGCCAGCCCCCUCCCUCUCUCUUUCCUGCUUCUCCACCUCUUUCCCUGUCUUUCUCCCAUCCUAACCAACAUGGCCGCUAAGUCGGAUGGAGCAGCGGUGUCUGUGGAAGAUGACAACACCCCCAGGAGCCUGUCGGAGCCGGGGAAACCCGCCACCCGGUCCCAGUGCACGGCCGCCGGCGGGAAGCCCUACACCCUGCUGGACUGCUGCUGGGUGCUCUGCGCCCUGCUCGUCUUUUUCUCCGACGGCGCGACCGACCUGUGGCUGGCCGCCCACUACUACCUAAAGGGCGAACACUGGUGGUUCGGCUUGACGCUUGUGUUCGUAGUGGUGCCCUCAGCUGUGGUCCAGGUGUUGAGUUUCAGGUGGUUCGUGUAUGACUAUUCUGAUCUGAGCAGCGGUGAUGGGUCAGCCGGCGGCAGCGGGAGCUGCGCGGCAGCGGCAGGUGCGGCAAGCGGCGCAGCCACAGCGAGCGACAGCACUUUCAGCACCAAGGACAGCGCGGCGGGGAACGCCGCCAACGCUACCCUGGUGUACACGUCCCCUGGUCAGCCAACAACAGCCGCGAGAGCCGCCUCCCCUCGGAGGUGCUGCACCAUCUGCAUGUGGGUCUUUCAGACCGUGCUUCACGUCCUGCAGCUGGGGCAGGUGUGGAGGUACAUCCAUGCCCUUUACCUGGGAGCCCAAAGCCGAUGGCACAGCAACGGACCUCGUCGUCACUUCCACUGGCGGCUGAUGUUCGAGAGUGCUGACAUCACCAUGCUCCGUCUGCUGGAGGCUUUCCUGAAGUCGGCUCCGCAGCUAGUCCUGCAGCUGAGCAUCAUGAUCCAUUUAAACACAGCCCUCCCCCUGCCAGGUCUCUCAGCUUCAGCCUCUUUGGUUUCACUGGCUUGGAUGAUCGCCUCCUACCAGAAGGUUCUCCGGGACUCUCGAGAUGACAAGCUGCCCAUGUCCUACAAAGCUGUAAUUGCCCAGAUGCUGUGGCACUUCUUUACUAUCGGGGCUAGGACCGUGGCCUUCGCCCUCUUCGCCUCUGUCUUCCAGCUCUACUUUGGCAUAUUCAUUGUCAGCCACUGGUGUGUUAUGACCUUCUGGAUUAUCCAGGGUGAAACGGACUUCUGCAUGUCCAAGUGGGAGGAGAUUAUUUACAACAUGGUCGUGGGCAUCAUCUACAUCUUCUGCUGGUUUAAUGUCAAGGAGGGGCCAAGCCGCUUCCGCAUGACGUUCUACUACUCCGUGACACUGGCUGAGAAUGUGGCACUGAUUGCUGCCUGGUACACCUACCGUGGGCCACAAACCAGUGACUCCACCGCCCUGCUUGUGGUCUGUCUGGUGGCUUGCAGCUUUGCCCUGGGGACCUUCUUCAUGCUAGUUUACUACUGCUGGCUUCACCCAGAUGGGCCUGUUCUAGGAUCGCAGUGGGGAGGAUGUGUAGAUGAGGGUCUGGUGGGUACAGGAGGGGUGGUAGGAGUGAUUGACGCUUGUCUGACACCAUCCCAAGGGUCUCAAACAGAUAUGGUCAUUACCAGUCCUCCGAGGACUCUUCCCAGGACUAAAGACACAGGAGAGCCAGCUCCUGGGGAACGGGACAGGGAAAGAGACAGGGACAGCUGCCUGCCUGUUUUUCAAGUACGUCCCUCCCCUUCCUCCUCCCCUGCUCUCCUUCACAGGACCUCCUCCUCAUCUCGCACACAGGAAGGUCCUGUAAUCAGGAUUGACCUCCCAAGAAAAAGGUACCCAGCCUGGGAUGCACAUUUUAUUGAUCGACGCCUUCGCAAGACCAUCCUGCUUCUGGAAACGACAUCAGCCGUCAGCCCUCGGAUACAAUAUAGGAGUAGCUUGAUGGGCAGCAAAGAGGUUUUAGAAUAUGAGACAACUGUUUGAGUCAGCAGGAGCUCUUAAACCUCAAACCGCAGUCUGGGACCAAGUUUUAGCCCAGGAUUAGUGCUCACCCAUGGACUACCUCUGGUGAGAGUGACCUGAAACAAAAACAGUAUCGGGCGACUCUUUCAGAAAAGAAGUUGUCAAAUGUGAUUGUAAAAUGUGAAGUGCAAUCCGGGACCGAAGCUGUCGGGAAACAAGUAGCACGAAUGAGCCAAGAGGAGAUAGUAAAGUACAUCUGAACAAGGAAAAUGUUUAUUUUCUAAGAGUUUAUGUGUGAGAAACUUAAUCUUACACCUGGGACCAAUGAGUGUUUGGUUUUGUUUCCUCCUGGAGGGCCAGCAGAACAAGUCAAAGGACAAAAGGAGAGGAGAACGUGACUGUGACAUGAACUCGAGCCCUGACACCUCAGAGAACAACAAAGACUUGAGAAACGCUGAAGAACCUGGUUGCUGAAGGGUGUAUGGGACAUGCAACCAUCAUAAUUUGGUUUAAAAAUCAGUAUCCUGUUCUAAACUGAUCUUCCAAUAACCAUAAAAGAAGGAAACAAGCACUCCUUCGCUAAGAUAUGCUACAGAUGCCUCGGCACCUUGUCGAGGGAUCCGUAGCAACUCUGAUUUUAAAUCAAACUUUUUUUUUCCAAAUGAACAUUUAGUCAAACUGGCAUGAAUUAUAUUCAGAGAAAAUCACAGAAUCUGAAGAAUACAGAAGUGUUAGCAAAGGGACAUAAACAUGAUCUUCUUUCCAUCCCAUCAUGUCCCUAAAGGUUGCAUGUCCCUCACAACAAAUGUGUUUAUGCUCCGUGAGUGGUGUCCAAAGUGAAAUGUAGUUCUGUAUGCUCAGCUCCAAGUGUUGUAGGGUAAAGGAUCACAACUUAGCGUUGGUCCAGCUGGUUCAUGAAACAUGGGCCUGCGACACGAGAGAUGCCAGUCACCCACCCAUAGCAGCCAUAGCACAAGUGUCACUGUUUACAUCCCAGCUGUAUGGCCACCCCAGCCGAAAACUCCGUUAACCCUCUGGAGGCAGGCGUUGUAGAUUUGCUACGUUAAAACCUACCUACCUGGUUACUCCACAUACAUAUUUUUAAUGAGCAUUUUUUAACCCGGAAGUACCCCUGAAGGACUUAGUUGUUCGUCCUUUUGUCAAAACUUAUUUCGAGCCUGAGAGGGUAAAACAACGUAAGGAUGCAAGUGCGCAACUUCUGCAGUGACUACCACCCUAUGGCAUGCUAUAAGUCACCACUAACAGGCCUGUGAUGUACAGUCGAAUGAAUAAAUACAGAUGUCAGAUACUGUAUACGCUGUUAUAAUAAGUCGUAGUUAGGGGUGAUGAAUGCCUUUUGAGUGGCAGAGCUUCAUUCACUCAUAAGAGUCUAAACGUCAUCCAAAGUUGAUUCAUAAUAUGUAGAAUAUGAAGGACAUGGUAAGCAUCUUCAUUCUUCUGUGAAAAAUUUUGUCAGGGUUUAAUUUUGAGGGGGCAGAAUUAAAAAAAAGCAAAACAUCUCUAAGCUCUAAACCCAGGGUUCUCAGUCCUGGUCCAGGACGGCCGGUAUCCAGCAUGUUUAAGUUGUUUCCCUGCUUCAUCACACCUGAUUUCAGUUAGCAGGGGGUUAACAGGCUUCCGCAGAGCCUGAUGAGCUCCUGAACAGUUGAUACAACCAUUAAAUCAAGUGCUGGAGCAGAGAAACAACUAAAACAUGCUGGGUAGCGGUGGUCUAGGACCAGGAUUGAGAACCCCUGUUCUAAACCGUCAAAGACGACAGUAUUUUCACUAACUAGCUACAGUAGUUGCAAUAGUCUAAAUACUAUCCCGAAGAUUCUGGAGGUGUUUGAAUGGUGUGUCCUCCUGGCAGUCAGAGUAAUAAUAGUGCCUGUUAAAGGUGGACGUAGCUACUGAAUCAUCAAGUUAUGAUGCCAUGAAGGAAGUGCCUUAAAGUGCAAUAAGACUGGUGGCCCCUAGGGGCUGGUUUCAAAACAAGCCUCACCCCAGUAGAUUAUUUUAAACAACACAUCAAACAGAUCACUAACCAAUCCUAUCGACUUUGAGUCUGACGGGGAAACAUACUCGUGCAUACUUUCCACACCUAACUACCGUUUGCAUGAAGCUUUGCUGAUUUGUGAACAUUCCACUAAAAAAAUGAUAAUAGUUCUCACUAGGUAGCUGACAGGUUUUAUGUCCGUGUGGGAUAAAUGAUCCAAAUGUUCAUAAGAGGUCUCACUCAGUAGAUUUGAUAUCAGCUCCUGUUUGUUGAAGAACACACAAAUGGUCAUUAUGUGUUGCAGUAUGACUCUACGGUUCCUUUUUGGGCUCAUGAUGCAACGCUUCUGUGCUUCUGUAAGCUAAAUGUUGGGGACAAGAAGAGUUUUUUAUUGUAAAUGCCAAAACCCGUGGAUAAAACACAGACUUAUUACUAGUAGAGGGUAAAUGUUGCAUUUGUAAGAAACAGUACAGGAAUAUCUCCAUGAUUCAACACUCCUGUAUGCCGCAUGUGCUCCGGACACUUUUAGUCCCUGUUACAGUCAUUCUUCCUAACACAAGGUCGUACGGUCUCUCUCUUUCUACUCCGAGUUUGACUCAAGUUCAGUUGCGUCUUUGGCACCAUCACUGCAGAUGAAAGAGACGGGUGCCAUAGCAACCACAUUCAUAAAUCUGCUCUGCACCCAGUGGCCAGCCCAGGGAGUGGAGGAGAUGGUGAAAUUCAUGUGACAAGUGAUAGGACGUGGAGAGUAUGAGCACGUAUGUUUCUGGCUUCCCAUGAUCAGAUCAACAUUUCUAAAAUUAUUUGGAGAAAUUAAAGACCCUAAAGAAACCAGCGAGGUGAUUCUGGCUGGUACCUGUAAGCGUGGAAUUGGUGUGUUCCCCCAGGUAUGGCUGGGUUUUCUCCAGUUUCCCUCCACUUUUCAGUGUAUGAACAAGAGAUGGAUGAUUUACGUACCACUGCAGGGCUACCUCUAAUCCAGAUGUGUCCAUUUAAGCUUCAAAGAAAAGGUGAUGAGUAGAUGGUCUUGUGCCAAAUUCAAGGUUUUAAAUAGCAACCCACCAGCCAGUGAGCAAUGCUACAGUAGCUACAUGUAUACUCAUUCCUCAUUUACAGUCUGUGGUUGGAUUUGAAAACUUUUCUGGAAUGCCUCUGGGUAUUUUUCCUUCACUGACUAUAAAACACCAGCUGCCAGCUGCUGAAGCUUAUUUUGUUAUUGGUGUUCAGGACGCCACCCUGUCAACACCAAGUCGACAGUCGGCUGUCAGGAACAUCAGGAGCAACAAUCUGUUGUUUUUGUAUUUUCCAUUUGUACUCCAUCGUUUGCCUUGUAAGAUUCUAUUGAAUCCCAUUGUUUUACACAUGCACUUUGGUCAGGUGAUGAGUGGAUUGAAGUGAACCAGUGAACAAGGACAGGAAGACACAGUUCCAACUUGCUUGUCAUUUUCAGUGCUUUGUUUCCAUUUUUCUUUUACUGGUAUAUAAAUAUUUAAUCUCUGGAAAACUGGUCAUUUGUAAAAGCAAUGGUUAGAAACAUGGAUCCCCUUGUGCCCUGUUUCAUGCUGAUGUGCGCCAACAUGCUGCUGUACAACAUGCACAGCAGCAUGUCUUUCAUAUGAAAUCUUUGUAUCCAAAUGGAGCUGAAAUGGAGGGAAGAGUCACACUAGUUUAACUUAAACAUCUUAAAAUCAAGACUUUCUGCUGUGUCUCAGCACAGGCAGACGUGACAGUGUCCCUAAAUCAGGUCUGUUUGACAUGAGAACUGCACAAUGACAUACAACCAUCACUUCUCAUUCAGCGUGUCAGUUCCUCCUAUAGCAAACCCAAAAGACCGGAACAGAUUUCGAGAUUGACUUUUGAGGUAUCAUUUUGUUGUUGUUGUUUCUGCUGCUAUUUAGUGCCAAUAAAGCUGUGGUGUCAUCACUUCCGCACCACAGAUGAAUCCAAACGUUGGGAGUUGUCGAGGUGACUCAUUAGAGAUGAAAGCUGCUGUCUCGUGUCACCUAGAACAGCCAGGGUGGAUCUAGCUUGUUUACUUUGCAUGUAGCUUGGGUUUUAGGGGACGGAAUCUGGCUGAAAAUACUUAGACAGCAUCCAUUUUUAAGUGGAGCGUGCUCCUGAUCAUCCGUUGGUGCUGUUCUGUGUUUUUAACAUGACAUCCAUGCGUGACAUGCGAGCCCUGGGAUGUAGAUAACUGGAGACAGCUGGUGCUGAACAGAUGUAAAAUACAGACAGUAUUGUGUCCUUUCUGAACCAGCGCGUCCAGUGGUGACAUCAGAUACGUUAAUGGUGCUGAAAACAAUUCCUCAAUGUAUGUGUAAUAGGCUAAUGUACAGCUGAUACAUACACACACCACCCAGUCGUGGGCCAAGGGACAUUUUCUUUUCUCUUAUUAGGUUGUGAAAACAUUCUUUGUCAGUAAGCAACAAUGAAACCGAUUGUGAAGCGCUGAUUAUACAUCAACUAAAACUAAACCAUGAGUUGCAUCUUUUAAGGGACAAUGCAAGUAUUUAUGUUUAUUUUUGUAUUUGUUUUAUAUCUAUUUAUUUAUUGUUUAUUCACUUGGUGACCAUGUUUUUGGUAUGAUUCUUAUAUUAAGAUGUAAAAACUGAAAAUAGUUCUUUUUUUUUACUCAUUCUAUAUUUCUGUAUAUAUCAGAGUGAUGCUAUUCUAGGAUGUGCGUGUAUGUGUGUGUGCUUUGGUAUGUAAGUAUGUAGUGUGUGUAUGUUCUGUAAGGUUGUGCUCUAACUUUUGUUUUUUAAUGCUGCUUAAAGAUCCUCUAAGUGAACAAGCAGAAAAAUAAACCAGUGGUGAAAAUAUCUAUGACAGUGUUAAAAAAAAACUCAACAAACCGUGCUGAUCUCUGUAGAUGGGAAAAAUAAUGUAGUAAACAUGGCCAUCAGCCAUCAGAAUAAAUGCUGUGGAUGUGA